AUGUCUUCUGGCGAUCAACAGCGGCAAGAAGAAUGGAUUAGAGAACAGCUUGAACUAAAAGCGCAACUUAUCGAAUCCGAUGAUUUUGAUUUCGAGAAAUUAAUAAAUCAAGUUGAUGGUAGUUGUUCUUUUCGGGGAUUGGAUUUUGUUGGAGGUGUUGAUAUAAGUUUUGUACAAGAGAACGAGGAAGAUGCUGUUGCUUCUCUAGUAGUGCUAAAGUUUCCAGAGUUGGAGGUAAUAUAUGAAGAUUUCAAAUCAGUGAAACUAAAACUCCCAUAUAUACCAGGCUUUCUAGCUUUUCGGGAAGUCAAACCACUAGUUGACUUAAUUUCCACGCUAAAAACCACAAGACCAGAAAUCUACCCCAAAGUGAUUUUUGUAGACGGAAAUGGAAUUCUCCAUCCACGCCGAUUUGGAUUAGCCUGUCAUUUAGGCGUGCUGGUAAAUGUGCCCACGAUUGGCGUUGGCAAGAAUUUUCUUCAAAUAAAUGAUGAUGGUGACCAGUUAACAAUGACGCAUGUAAAGGAACAGUGUAAAGUUUUGUUGGGGAAGGGUGGAGAUGUUUAUUAUUUGCGAGGUGAUUCGGGACAGUAUUGGGGAGCGGCGGUUAGAAGCCUGGAUAAUACAACGAAUCCAAUAUUUGUUUCUGUAGGGCAUCGUAUUAGUCUUGAUACUGCUAUACAAGUAGUGCUUAAAUGUUGUCGAUAUCGAAUACCCGAACCUACGCGUCAAGCGGACAUACGAUCACGAGAAUUCAUUAGAACACUAUCAUAA